AUGGGUGCGCUGCCUUGGCCCCCGAGUCAACAGCAGCCCGACUCUCAAUCUCCUCAGGAGACAGACCUCCAGCAGCCUACUCCUACUGGCGGUGGCUCAGGAUUUCUGCAGCCUCAGCGAACCGGCCCCCAGGGGCCGGCAGGUGUCAAUCAACAGCAGCAACAGAGUGGGGGCGUACCGCCUGUGCCUCCAAUCACACAAAACUCCCAGUCCCAAUUCCAGCAGCAGCGACCCCAGCUUCAGUUGCCUCGGCCGCAAUUUGGGCAGAAUGGUAGCGUUUCCGGAGUUUCAGCACAGCAGCGUUUCUUGAGUCCAUCGCCUGGUCUUGGUGGACAGCUUACUCUUACUGCCCAACAUACCGCGUUAAAUGGGUCUGGUAUAGGUGGUAUCCGUCCUCUGGUCUCACAACCAACAAGAUUCAAUGACCCUCGCAUGCAAAUGAUGUCGAGCACAUUCAUGCCUACCAGCAUUCAGGCGCCCUCGGGCGCUCCUCAGUCUUCUGGAGGCCCACCCAGUAGUCAAUCUCUUCAACAACCAUCCCAACAACACAAUCAGGCUCAACGUGGCACUAGUACUUCCAAAGCCCCUUGGGUUUUGUCGAAAGAGGAGCGCAAGGAUUAUGACCAAAUAUUCUACACCUGGGAUCUAUCCAACAGUGGCUUUAUUGACAGGGGGACUGCCACUGAAGUGUUCAGCCAAAGCGGAUUGGACAGGAACGCACUUGCGCAAAUCUGGGUCCUUGCUGAUGCCGAGAACCGAGGAAAGCUGAAUAUUCAGGAGUUCCACGUUGCGAUGGGUCUGAUUUAUCGCCGGUUGAAUGGUAAUGAGAUCCCACCCAUCCUUCCUCUAGAGAUGGAGCCCGUCUCGUCUAAACAUCUCAGUGAAUCCGUGGAUUCUCUCAAGGACCUUCUCAAGAACGACACCAAUGUUCGAGCCACAGCUAUCGAGAGCAGAGGCAAGGUUUAUUCCUUUGGCGAUUCCCCCACUCCCAAAACCAAUCCUAGGAAAGAUGGCACCAUAUACAAACAUGACGAUACCAACGUGCGCGGUUACACCUCUAGUUCACGACGCGUUGACCGAAGCGCUAUUCGAUCCGGAGAGACAACACCUUCUGAUGAUCUCUCUGACAUCAAACAGCAGCUCCAAAACACUAACGAGCGUUUCGACAAGAUUCGCGCAGAUGCGGAGGGUCGAACUGCAGAGGAUGAGGCUUUGAACAAUGAGCUUGAUGAUCUCAAGUAUCGGGUACGCCGCGUCCAGGAAGAUCUCGAUCACGUAAGUCGUGGGCCUAAGUCAGCUGCGAAGGAUCAGGAAAGACGAAAGCUGGAGCGUGAGCUUUUGUACCUCAUGCACGAAAAGGUCCCAGAAGUGGAGAAGCAAAUCGAGGAGAGGGAUCGUCGUAAGCAGCGCGAGGAGGAGUGGGUUCGUGACCGAGAUCGAAAGAAUGACCGUAAUCGAUCUGAACAUGAUUCGUCCUCUCGACGACGCUCGAGGGAACGCAGUGAUUUUAGUUCUGACGAUGAGGUUGACAAGGGAUAUCUGCGUGGAACAUAUGACAGAAAGGACAACUACCAUAGUUCAUACCGUCAGAAUGGCAGUCGCGACCGUGACAGGGACCAGGACUACCGACGGGACGGCCGAGAUCGUUCUCGUGGGAGGGAUUGGGGCCGAGGUUACGAUCGGGAUCGCGACUAUGACCGACGUGCAUCUCCUGCUCUAGUCCACUCUCCUGCGUCUCCAUCCCCAACGACGUCUUCGACCGUUAAUGAAGUCCGAAAGUCUGCUGCAGCUCCGGCUUCAACUGCUGCGCUACCAGCGCCACCAACCAAGAACAUGACUGCUGAAGAGCGUGUUUACUAUCGACGACAGGCCCAACAGCGUCUUCAAGAUCGGAUGAAAGCACUAGGUCUUGGUGGGCCCGCUCCUUCAUCUUCCCUUCCUGUAGAUACCUCGGUCGAGGAUCGACUUGAAAGAGAACGAAAAGAGGCAGAAGGAAAGGCACUACAAGCUGAGAGGGACGCAGAGGAGCGGGAGCGUGCAAGAAAGGAACACUUGGGUGCAUUGCGCCCCUCACCACUUAAGAAAUUGGCACUUUAUGUCCCUGCGGCUCAGAAGCCCCCUCCCCCCCCACCUCGCCCGAAAGUGGCGCCGUCUGCGAUACUCAAGCCUGCACCUCCUGCGGCAGUGCCACAACCAGUGCCUAGAGCCUCUAAAAUUGUUGUGCCUGUCGAAGAGAAACGUCGGCGAGAGGAGAUUGCGAAGAGACGUGUGGCUCGUCUAGCUGAGUUACGGAGAUUGGAGGAGGAGGCGCGUAGGGAAGAAGUGGAGUAUCAGAAGCGUAUCAAUGCCUCACAACGAGGGAGAAUGACAUCGUCGUCAUCUCCUUUGCCUGCUUCAAUAUCUGGGCGCACCCCCAGCGUCCCCGUGGCACUGCCUCGAUCAGUUGCUCUCCCACUUUCUCCACCACCUCCUGUUCCUUCCUCUGUGCCUUCCCCAAAUGCCCAAAAACCGAGCCCGUUCCACAGGCUGAUGGAGGGAGGCUCUAGCGGCUUGCCUUCGAGCUCCAUCCCAACCCGACUUCCCAUUGUGCCUCCACCAGUCCCCCUCGCUCCCCCCCUGCCAGCGAGUUCACUGGUUCCUGUUACUGUCCCACUGCCCCUGCCCCCGGCGGUGGCGUCCCUUGCUCUUGCCCACCAAGAGAGAACUCCACAGCCUGCGUCACAGCACUCAUACCCAGCGGUCGGGAACAGUUAUAAGCCCUCUGCAGCUGAUGAUAGGGGUGAAAGUGAUUCAGACAGCAGCGACGAGGAAACUCUUAGACGUAUGGAUCGCGCUGAAAUUUUCAAUACAUUGUUUGGUGGCAUCGUUCGUCCUAAGUCUGCUACUGCUGGUUCGCCGACAUCAGACACACCUCCCCAACCUUCACAGGCCCCGACAGUUCCAGAUGUAGCCUUCAGGAAGUCGGAGGAACCAGCUGAUCGACGUGCGCUCAUGAACGCAAUCACGAGUGGCGUACCCAAGCUUCGCAAGACGGUUACGAACGAUAAGAGUGGCGUUGCCAUUGCAGGUUCGGUGAUCGGAGGCGAUGUUAACUCACUGACCCAUAUCACCAAUCCACUACGUGUGCCAUCUUCUGAAGUGCCCUCCAUUGUACAUGGUGGCGGUGAGCACAAUGGGUUCGAGACUUUAACGCACACAAAGUCAGAAAGUAGGCAGAGUGUUGAUUGGUAUGCCGAUUUGACUGCUAAUAACACACGCUCUUCCUGGUCAGCUACGACUGAGACUGGUCCCGCAAAAGUAACCGAUGAUUUGAUGGCUGACAUUGAGAUUGACACCACGUUGAGCGUGCGGUCGCUGUACCCAUAUGACGGGCAACGAGCGGAAGACCUCUCCUUUAGUGAAAAUGUCGUCAUUUCAGCGCAUCCAUCUAAGUCAGGUGGUGACUGGUGGCACGGCACUCUCGUGAGUAAUGGAAAACGUGGGUUCUUUCCUGCGAGCUAUGUUGUUGUCAUCGGACAAGUUACGCAUGCUAGGGCGUUAUACACGUAUUACAGCUCCAGCGCGGAUGAACUUUCGUUUAAUGAGGACGAUACCCUAAGCAUCGUAGAGAGGUCUGAGGGUGAUUGGUGGAAGGCUCAAAAGGAUGGAAGCGUUUUCUUAGUGCCCGCUGCUUAUCUUGAGAUGGUGAAUGUUCUCUCCCCCUCGUUGGGAGUUCCCGUGGAUAACACGGAACCAGUAACGACUCCCAUACCCCCUCCCGUCGGUUACUUCCAUAAACAACGUUCUGCCUUCUCCCGCCAGCACUUCAAAGCUGGUUCACGAGCAACGACAGCUCUCAGUACUGAUAGGAAAUCAACUUUGGCAAUAUCAGCUCCGGUCAUAUACGCUCCGAUGGCCGACGCAGGGACCUCCAUUCAGCAAUCAAACACCCCAGCCUUCGAGAGUUCCUGGAGUAGGUUGGCAUCCAGUAACCUCUUACCACAAACAUUUACUGCCCCUAUCCUUUUCGGCCUUCUGUCUGCUUGUUCCGCUCCUACAGCAACCGCCGCUAGCCCUCCUUCCGUUUCCCAAUUGCACGACCGGCUACUCUGA